AUGGCCGGUCCCUCACGUCCCGCUGGUGCCCACGGCGGCCACCCCAUCCACAUCCACCCUGUCCGUCCUCUCUACAGAUUCGCUGCCACCGGCCUCGGUGCCAGCAUGUGGUUCUUCGACGGCCCUGCUCUUCUCGGCUGGAAGCACCCCUGGGAUCACUAA